ACGCUCUAGUCCGCGUCCGUUACUCGCUGCUCCCGGCGUCCCCAACCCAAGCUGGACUUGGGGAGAAGGACGGAGGCGGCGGCGAGGCGGCUUCUACCGUUCCGUUCGGCUCGGGCAGCGCCUGGAAAGCGCCGCAGAAUGUUUGGCACUUCAGGCCUGCGCAAAGGAAGUGUAAUUUACAGCCAAGCUGCGAGCAGCAGGAAAAACAGCCAACAAAAACAUGGAAGACAGGUGAAAGAUGGCACAAUUUCUAUGCAACUGUAGGUGUGACAUCCUGCUUACCAUGACACCCAGCAGAGGGCUGUUGGGAAUUCCUCCCCUCCUGUUAAAAAACUACUAAUGGCUAUAUCUAGGACUUGCCCAAUGUGUUGACAUCAUGGGGAGUUGCUGUAGCUGUCCAUGCAGAGACAGGGUUCCAGACAACCACCCCACCAAGUUUAAGGUGACAAAUGUUGAUGAUGAGGGCAACGAGCUAGGCUCUGGAAUUAUGGAGCUGACACAGAGGGAACUUGUUUUGCACACACACAAACGUGAUGCUGUUCGGUGGCCGUAUCUUUGUUUGCGUCGCUAUGGCUAUGACUCCAACCUCUUUUCCUUUGAAAGUGGGCGUCGCUGCCUGACUGGACAGGGAAUUUUUGCAUUCAAGUGCUCAAGAGCAGAGGAGAUUUUUAACUUGCUGCAGGACCUGAUGCAGUGUAACAGUAUCAAUGUGGUAGAGGAGCCUGUUGUCAUCACAAGGAACAGUCAUGCUUCUGAACUGGAACUGCCUCGGACACCUCAGACACCCAAUGCUCUAGGAUAUACAGUUCCAGGGUUUCCCAAUGGGUUCCACGCCUUCCCUGCAGAGGCUUCAUCUUGCUCUGCAGCUCGACAUGCCUCCAUUAGCAGCCUAAGGCAUUCUUCAGUUGGUGAGGACUCUACACAUGCCCUCAUUAUCCCUGAUGAACAAUCUCACACCUAUGUGAACACAGGCAGCGGUGAAGAGGACAUGAGGGGCCACCACUGUUUGCAUGCCUUGCCUGAGGUUCAUCCUCCUGUUUCCCAUCCUAAGCAUAGCUGCUCCCUGGAGGACCGUAAUCCUCAGGUUUACCUACAGCCAGGAGAGGUAAAGUUUGUCUUGGGCCCUGUCCCUGGUUGCAGGCAUCGGAUGAAAUGUGAUGGCUUCUGCCGGCCCCACUGGGAAUGUGCAGGCCAUAUCUGUACCCCCAACAACAACAACAAUGAAUGUAAAGAUGAGUGCCUCACCCCUAAGUGUGUCUGCGAGAACAUCAAUGGCCUGCUGCCACCACGAGCUACCUUGCUUCGUCGGAGUGGUGGGCGCUUUAGAAUCGCCCGUGAGGAUCUGAAUCCUCCCAGCUGCUCUCAUCGCCGGACCACCCUCCUGCACUAUGAGAAUCUGCCCUCGUUGCCACCUGUAUGGGAGUGCCAGCCACCGAGACGAGACCAGGAUGAGGAGGACUCUGGUGAUGCAAUGACACCUUCCCCCAAUGAUUAUCCUGCACUUGAGGAAGAUGAUCCCUUGCAAAACUACGUGAAUUCAGAAAGCGCUGCACUGCAUGGGGGCCUGCGCAGGGGAGGUUGCUCACAACAACGCCACAACUGUACACCCAGCAUCUUCAAUUUCGACUUCCACCGGCCUUGUUUAGAGCAGCCAAGGCAGCUCAACUAUAUCCAGGUGGAACUGGAGGAUGAUCCUCACAAAGGGUGCCAAAGCACACCAGUCCCCCGUGCCCCACGUUCUUCUGCACACCCAGCCCGUAGGACGGAUUCCUAUGCGGUCAUUGACCUUAACAAGACAGUAGCAAUGUCCAACUUGCAGAGGGCACUGCCUAGGGAUGAUGGGACUUCCAGGAAAACACGGCAUAACAGCACUGACCUGCCUCUCUAAGAGGAAUGGCCAAUCUAAGCACCGCAUUGUGGCUUUUGUUCCUGCUCUUCAACUAAACAUGUUGCUUAUUUAUCAUCAUCCCAUUGCUCCCCAUGUUUCCCAGUGUGACUCGCUGGGAGAGCUCCAUCAAGCUAACUUGAAAAAUGUAGCCUAUCUGUGCCUCUUCCCAGCUCUCAUCUCUCUUGCCGUGUGGAUUUGAAGCCUUGCCAAGUGGUUGAAAACUUGACUUGCUUGAUAUGAGGGGGGUAACAUUACUGAGGCUACUUGUUCUUCUCUCCCUUGCCUGUUUAUAUAGGAAUCAUGUUUGAAAUCCUUCCUUCCCAUUUUCAUGGGAUCGUCUUGAAGGCUCACCUAGUAGGCUGCAUAACGGAGGGAACAAAAAUGACCCCAAAAAGUUGAUGGUACAGUUACAGCUUGAGGACCAGGGAGCACACUAUUUAACCCUUUUAAUUUUGUGAAGGAAUGCAGAAAAUAUUUUUAAAUGUGUUUAUUUAUUUUAUCUGUUUUUCAGGGUUUUAUUUAUUUAUUUAUAUGUCAGAGUUAAGUGCCAAGCAAAUUUAGAGUAUAACUGCUUUGCAAAUGUAAAUUAUAAUUGUUCAUUUUUUCUGUGAAAGUGCUGGGGCGAGAGGGAGAGUGACAGCGCUGAAUCAUAUCCACUUGAUUUGACAGUGGCUUUUGAAGGCAAAACAGAGGCAGAAGGACAGAAGGAGAUGCAAUCUGGCAGGGUAGCAUGAAUCUUUUGGAGUAGUCUGGAGAUAAACAUCAGGACAUGGUCCUAGGCCCAUAUACCCACAGAGAUGGCAACACAUUCAGGCAGACUGAACCAUUUAGCUCAAGCUCCUGCCUGAUUGUGUGCAUGUCUCAUUAUACACCUGCUCCAUUUUCACAACAAGAACAUCAUGAAACUAUAUAUUGCCAGUCCCUAUCAAAGCCCCUGAUGGACCUUCUAACAGCUAUUUACCUAAUAGUUUAGUUGAGCUUUUCUGAGAAGCUAACCCUUUUAUAGACUGAGCAUGAAAAGGAUGUUGUUGCAGGUACGGCUCCUGUCACGUGGAGCCCCCUCCCCUCCGCUCCUUUGAAUAUGUUGCUGGAUUCCAACUCAUCAAGUGAAUAAUCAGCUUGAUGACUAAAUAGAGCAUUUUACAUAAACUUACUGACAAGCAUGACUUCGUUCAGCUGAGGCUGCCAGAGCUGCUUUAGAUUAAAACAGUCCUACAGUAGGGAAUGUGUACAUGGCAUCUUUUCUCCCAUUGCUUCUCUUUUGCCCCAAGAGGCAGCCCUUCCAAGAAUAAUUGUAACUACCUUGCAGAUAAAUAUUAAGGCUGUCCUAAGAGGUUGUUUGGCUUUAUGGACUUUUUCUUAAGCCACUAGAAAAACUCACCAUCUAUUCCUGAUCCCCAAGUCUUUACUUGAUUGGGAAUUGGGAAUUUUCUUGGUUGCAAGCUGUGAUUUCCACUUCCCCAAACCAUGCCUUGCUGACUGUGCAGAAUUUGUAAAUGCAAAGGGGGGGGGGGAUUGUCACCCCUGAGUUAUACUUCCAGUUUUUCUUACCAUCUCAUUGUUGUUGCUUCCUGAUUCCUAACACAUUUAAUGAAUUUCUUUAUGACAUUACUUGUGUUUGAAGACCACAGUAUUAGAUGUUGAUUUAUUUUAGAUUUCUACCUCAGCCCAUCCUGAGGAGUUUGAUGGGUAGUAGUACUUGACAUAACAAGUUCAAAGAAACCAACAAUAUAAAAUGCCUGUGAUGGUCUCCUACUUAGUAUACUCCAUUCCUGCCUAAUCUGCAUUGAAAGUCCACUUAACAAGAAGAUAUUACAGAAUUUCUGGGAAGUGGUCAAACCUGGGGUGGUAUGCAUCUAGGGGUAGUUUUUUUUAAUGUUGUAUUGCAGGACUCUGUCCUCCUUUGUUCUUGGUGAAUCAUACUUCUAUGCUUAAUCAGGGCGAAGGGCCAUAGUUCAGUGGUAGCAUACAUGUUCGACAAGCAAAAGGUCUCAUGUUUAAUCCUCAGCAUCUUCAGGUAGGGUGGUGAAAGAUUCCUGUCCGAAAUCCCAGAAGCCACUGCCAGUCAGUGUAAAUGAUAAUGAAUCGAAUGGACCAAAGAUCUGGCUCAAUAUAAGGCAGCUAUAUGUAUAGCCUAACUGUGUAAGACUGUGUGAUAGGCUGCUAAACUGAAGCUCUGCUCUUGCCUUCCACAGCAGCUUUCCAACGCAGAGAGGUUAAAGGAAAGAGGAAGAAUAAGGUCAUAAGUUAAUAUUGCUAGGGCUUCUUCUAUUGCAAUGUGGACUGCAGUUAAGGAUCACAGCUGUAGGUGGAAGUGAGCACCACAGUUACAGUGUGGACACCAAGAAUGCCAUUCUGUGGGUCCUUGAACAGUAUAGUCAAGGUGUUUGGAUUCAUCUUAAAGAUCACAAUGAAAUAUAGAGAUAUAUGGUAAAUAUGUGUUUGGGCUCUGCUCCUGACUAUGGUAGAGCUAUGGUACAUUUAAGGGUCCAGAUAUUUCUUUCUGUUGAAGGAGUAUAUAAUGUGAAGAUUCAUUGCAAGCAAACUGGUGCAAAGUUUGUUGUUAAGGAAGGGCUAGUUUUCAGUAACCUUUCCCUUGUAUCUUAUUGGAUGCUAUCACAUCAGUGACUGUGGCAGGAGGAAAUGGGCAAACCACCAAAGUGAAGUGAGUGAUUGCUAAUGCUUACUGUUCAAGCACAGGGUACUGUUAAGCUUUGAGCCUAAAUAGUAUAUUUUAAUUUCAGUGAGCCGCUUUGGGCUGUGAAUGUAUUUUAAUUCUUCUAAUUGCUGUGCCACAAAUAUGGUAGAAGUUGAUCAGCAGAUUUUAUAGAAGGGUGGCCUCCCAUGCACAUUAGACCUUCCUUUUGAUGUCCUCUCUUGUCAUAGAGCAUCUAAUGAGAGUUUUUUGAAACCAAUGGAAGGAUCCUGCAUCUUCUGUUUACUUUGCAUUGAUUCAGCACAUAUACAUUAUUUGCCUGUAUCAAGCUACUGUGAGCUAUAUUCAAAACCUGUUAUUUUUAUAGUGUUUGAAGUGCCCUUAGCAGCAGGUUUGAGUUUAUGCAUUCACAUGUUGCUCAUUAUGGAGCAUGAAAUGUAGGUUUGCUUAUAAAUAGGUAGUGGGCAGGCCAACACAAAUCCAGAAUUGUGGAUCAAGCUAUUAGAUAGCAUUUAACCACUGUUCAGCUAGCCAAAUUUUCUGCAGCAAACCUGUAUAAUUUGUAAUGUAUGAUGUCUGAGUUACAGGUUAAUUUAAUGUGGAGAAUGAAUUGCUAUUACUUCUUUGGAUCUAAUGACAAAGUAGACAUUACCAAUUCCCUAGGUAAUGCUUGUUCAAAACUAAAAGGGAGACAAUGCCAACAGGAAAAAAGUUUUUCCUGGUUUUUGUCUUAAAUUAUGCUUGCUCUGAGUGAUUUGCUAAAAAAUAAUUGAUGGCAGAGAAGUUCUAAAAAGUUAGCCUUUCAUUUAUUUCUUACAGACAAUGGUCUGUGUUAUCCAGUUCUGUAGCACAAUCAGGACUUUUUCAAAAAUUUUACUCUAUGGAUAUAUUCUUGCACCUAGAUUUCUUGCUGCAUGGCAUAGUCAUGAUCCCUUAAAGUAUGCAUUGCUCAUUUUUUAAAGUACUAAGACACCUGGUACACUUAAAGCAGCUUCAAGGGUUGUAGAGAGUGAAUCUGACACAGUGGAAUAAUUGGAGUAUGCUGCCACCUAAUGUUUCCUUUCAUAAAUAUGUGCCCCUUGUUAAUUCUUCUCAGUAGGCCCCUCUCACUGCAAUUAUUUUUUGGUAGACCUAUAGGUGCAGUUUGCAAAGAAUGCGAACAAAGAAUGUGGUGCCUUUGACAAACCUCUUUGACUAGGUAAUGAAAGGUUGUCACUCGUUGCUUGCUCCCUGAUAGAGGCUUUGUUGAUUUGAUGUGACCAUCAAAUCCAACAGGUGCAGCUUCCUCCCAUUAUAGAGAUGUGCUUUUGGAGCAAGCUAUGCAUGUGGAUUAUCUCCCUCUCCUAGAACUACAAAGAUGCAGGAAACUUUCUCAGAAAUGCCAACACAAAGGAGCUAGUAGAACUUUUCUUUAGUCCAGCAGUAAUUCUCCCAGCUGCAGGGGGGAUCUUUCAGCACUUCCACCUCAGCCGGGAAGGAUUUAUGAAAACCUGUAGCAAUCUAUUUAAUAUAAAAUAGGGCAAAAUAAGUCAUACGAGUUGGUACUUCAGUUCAACCUGUGGCCAACAUCCACUAACUUCCAAGGUAUUAGAUUCAAGUAAUCUUCAUUGUUUCGAAUUUAUUUUAAAACAUGGUUUCCUUGUUUUCUCAUCUCUGUGUCAGCCUUCAGACAUUGGGUUGCCUUUUAUCUUUGAUUUGUGCAUUUUACCUUGCUUUUGAACAACCAUUUUCAGAGCAACCAUGUUCAUGGGUGUGAGUGGUAAGGAUAUUUCCCCUCAUUUGCUACUUUAUUUAUUAAAUUUCUAUCCCGCCAUAUAUGCCAUAUAAGCCUUAAUAGUAACAAAGCAAGCAAAACAGAAAGUACUGUGGCCUUUUAGGUAAACUCUACAAACCUCAUGGACUUAAAGGGUUCUGUUAAGCAUGAUACUGCCCCAUAUCUGGAUACAAGGUACUUAGCCUAAAGGGAUAACCUGCUUUUAAAGCCCCAUCUGGUGCUAUCAGAGGGACAGUUUAAUGAAAUAAGAUGAUUCUGCUGUGUAUGAAGGCAGUGUCAUUUUUAGACAACUUAGAUUGCCAUGUUUUUCCCCUGACAGAAACCCAAUGCCCUUAACAGCAUUGUAGCAGGCAAAAAUUAACUCAGUACAAUUUUGUCUAUCCAGUAACAUAGAAAGUGGUACCUGUGUAUUACCUGUCACCUGCCAAAUACAUUGAGCUUUAUGGGGGAGUGAAGGAAGUAAAAUGGCAACCUUAGACUAAGCCUAGUGGUUUAUUGCUUCUGUGCUGUCAUUCCCAUGUUAGUCUGCACUGUCUUUGGCUUUUAGCACGGCAAGGAUAAUUUGCAUCAAAGAGAGUUUCUCAGCUUGAUAUUUUUCACCCUUUUUAAAAGGCUUUCAGUGGUAAACACCCCUCUUGCACAGAUUGUCAGACAACUCUGUUUACAGCUGCACUACACACAGGACAUCUCAUAAGUCUGGAGCAGAAACUGCAACUCAAUGAAUCCAUUAAUUGGUGAAGCUAUUCAGUUUACAAGAAUAUGAUAAAGAUUAACUGGUGUUUACAAAGGGUUUUGAGUGAUAUAAAUGCCAAAAAUAGUUAAUACUGAAGUUGUUAUUCAUAUCCAAUGUAAACCCUGGUUGGUCUGUAUCUUGUUUUCUAUCCAGUGUGAAAGGGCUGUCUUAAAUAUGUCUGAUUCCCAUUGCAUGACAGUAGGUGCAUCUGUACCUCUUCAUCAGGGGGUGGUUUGCCCUUCGUGGAGGAAGAGGUAACAUGUCUGUUGCAUUGUGUUUGUACAUUGUCUUAAUAUUGCCCCCCCCACACACACAAUUUAACAUGGGUUUCAUAUGUGUUUUUGCCAGUCUUGUAUUGCAUUAAAGCAGGGCACUACUGUAUUUUAAACAGCUGUGACAGUGAUGCAACAUGCCAUUUUCUUUGGAUCCAGAAGAGGGAGAACUUGCAUCUGCCAGUAUUUUGACUUUUCUGUAAGUAUUAAAGACAUGAAAGCUCCGUCCCAAGGAAAGUAUGGCCACCUUAUCACACUGUCCUAUUCUAAAUCUUUCAGCUAUGGAUGUUAUGAAAUUGUCUAAAUCCCCGCAUUUCUGGAGAAUGGUUCUGUUUAGGGGAAGAACUAAAAGUAAUUAGACUAUAGCAGUUACUAGGUAUCAUUCUGGGAAGUGUGAGCCACUAAGUGGAUAGGUACAUGGGGAAAAAUCUGUUUACAAAAACAAGGUUCUAUUUCCUCUGUACAUGAUUCAUUUUGAAAAGCCCAGCUGUAGCUAAGGAGAUCUCAAGCUCUUACCAUGUGUAGUUUUCUUCACAGUUACUUGUACUGAUGUCUUUGAUGUUGACUAUGUCUAAUGUGGCGGGAACACAAAGGCACUUGGGUGUGCCCAGCUGCUCUGGCCAUAACUGUUGCUCAGUAAUUUUUAUUUGAUGGUUCCUUCUGUGUAUCUUUGUUCAUUUCUUCUUUGUAUCUCAUCCAAGCAUAGCCUUCAAAGCGAAGAGCGUUAGCAGUGCCAUGUGAUUGAGGAGCGCUCGUGUCUUAUUUUAAUGUGCACUAAGAAUGUAUCCAAAAUAAAUUAAAUCUGAUGAUUAUCUUUUGGAA